UAAAGAAGAGCGGUUUAAAAAAGUCCGAUCAUCCGUUGGCCGCACGCUCUGUAACUGUUGCUGCUGUUGCCCGGAAAGCUAGUUGGAGACAAGUGGCUAGCUGUAGCCAGGAGAAUAACAGCGGCUCAUUGAUUAGCUAAUGUACUUAGCCGCAGUAUUUACUACAUUAGCAGGAUCCCAUCCAGAGGGUCGGCAGCGAGAGGGACGGAAUUUACCAGAACUGACGGAUUAGAGAUGGAAGGAGGAGAUGACUGCAGUUUUCCUCCAGAUUCGUCCGACGAUCGCUCGCAAAGAGGAAGUGUUGCUUCCUCUGCAACACUUUCCCGUGCUCAAGAUGUGCUUGUAUACUUGUUUGGUGACAGCGCAGUACACUUGACUGUAGAGGGGCUUGGCAGUGUCACUGUGCAGGAGUUGGGCCGCAGUGUUCGUGAGGCUCUCCAUAUUCCUGAGUCUGUACAGGAUGCUUUUGCCUUCUGGCUUUGCUCUCCACUGCUUGAAUUGCAGCUAAAGGCGAGGCAUCAACCCUACAAAUUGUGUCGGCAGUGGCAGGAUUUGCUGUAUCGAUUCACUGAGGCUUCAGAGGAAGACAUUUCACAAGAUGAACCAUAUCUCCAGUACAGACGCAAUGUGUUUUAUCUGAAAUCUAAAGAGCUGCAGAUAGAAGAUGAAGGAGUGUUGAGACUUCUUUAUGAGGAAGCCAGGAGCAACAUCCUCACUGGUCGAUACCCCUGUGACCCUGAACACUGGACGGGUCUUGGAGCCCUGUCUCUUGCUCUUGAAGAGGGAACUGGUCUGGACAGCCAACAAUUUACUACUACUGUCAGAGAAAAGAAGCUGUCUUCUUUUCUGCCUGCACAUGUUGUCAUGGGGAGUGGAGGUCUGCUCUCCACACUGCGAGGGAAGUCGAGCCGUCAUGCAGGGCUGGAGCAGAACCUCUUGGAGGAGUACAGAAAGAUCAGCACAUCUGCUGGAAAUUCUCCUGAGCCCACACAGCUCCUGCACCAGUACCUCAACACAUGUCACUCUCUGCCUUAUUAUGGGUGCGCUUUCUUCGUUGGGGAGAUUGACAAACCAGCCCAAGGGAUCCUCCAAAGGUCAAAACGUAAAGCGGUCAAUGUUGGGAUCUGCCUGGAGGGAGUUUAUGUGAUGGAUGUCAAAGAGAAGCAUGUGUUGCUUGGCCUGCGUUUCAGCGAGCUCUCCUGGGACCACAGCUACCCCGAGGAGGAGGGGGACUCGCACAUUCUGUGGCUGGAGUUUGAUGGAGAGGAAGAUGGCACUGCUGUCAACAAGUUGCUAAAGAUCUACUCAAAACAGGCAGAGCUAAUGAGCGGCUUCAUUGAGUUCUGUGUGGAGCUGAAAUCUGCAUCCGAGGGAGGAGCUGCAGCCGAGAUGGACGGUGAGGUGAAUCUGUCUCAGCAACCCGCCGGGCAAGAAGGCAGGAGCAAGAACGGACGUGGAGGACGGCGUGGGAUGCUGCACAGGCAAGGCAGCGUCGUGUGCAGUCGGGUCCACUCGCUCAACACCAUCAGCUACGUGGACAAUGGAAAAGAAAUCAAGCGCUUAAAGCCGAAAAGAGCUGCGUCCUUCUUCACCCGACAAACGUCUGCAACCACCUACUCUGCUGUGCAAGUGACAGAGAACCUGGAGCAGGGUUAAACUCACUGAUCAGCUCAGCCUUGUUCACCUCGAUGACCAAACCUGAACAUUUUACACGGAGAUUGAAAGAAAAGACUUGAUACGAGCUCGAGACGUUUAACUGCUAAUAUAUGAACAUGUAAAGGACCAAGCGAGAGGUAUCAAAGCGUGAGUGUCAAUAUUUUUCUCCUGAAGUUGUGUAUAUUAAGACAGUACAGUAAUGUGAAACACAAAAUGAUCUAUGCUUCCAUGGUUGAACUGAAGUGGCUAUUUAUUAGAUGGCCUUACAUAAAGAACAUAUGAUGGACCUCUUUCAUAAUUCUGAGACAAGCCUUAGAGAACUCCUCCAACAGUGACUCCCACUCCAACUGUGUGAUAUUUCUGACUCUUCUGCAGCGCUCCGAAAGCAGUUCUACUGCUAUCAUUCAAAUAUGUUACACCUCAAACCAGUAUAACCACUGCGGGACUGAACAAAAAAAAUGUUGCAAUAUGUCUCCGUAUGACACUUUGCUACUCCUCCUCAAACUGCAAGAGUUACCACAUACUCCUUAAAGUCAGCAUGACAAACACUUUCAGGGGACGAUCUAAGGGCAUGUUCGCACUAUUCUGCUUUUUCAGCCUGCCAGUGCCUUGUUCUCACGAAAGGGUGAAGCCACUUUAGAAAAGUACUGGUAGAAAAGUGUAGUGUUCCGUGUUAGUAACCAGAAAAAUAUCCGUAUGGGAGCACAUUGGCUUUGUUGCGGAAGUGUCUUGUAAGUACAUGUAUUUAAGAGUUUGACAUAAUAUUUGCUGAAAUGUGUCGACGGUUAUCAUGGAAAGAAAACGCAGGUGACAUAUCCUACUUGUUGAAAAUAAUGUUUUUAUCUGCAAAAGCGGAAUAGCAUGAAUUUAGUCUAAAGAUUGAAAUUAACAAAAUAAUUGACAUUUACAGCUUCUACUUGUAGAUGUUUGCAGUGUCAACUUCUUGAAAUGAUUGUUAUUUAUGAAAGAAUGAAAUGAGAGUCAAAAACUACACAAACUAAUAAGGUCGUAAAAACAAAUAAAAUUUUAUCUAAUAAAACCUUUCAUUGUUAGCAACUAGUCUAACAUACCACACUGCUAUUUCUGCCUGUUAGCGUGUCAUAAUCAAUGUUAAAUAUCCAGACCAGCACCAUUAGCACCAGUGACGUCCAUGCACAGGUUUUGACUUGACUAUCAUUUGCUUGGCCGACUGAUCAAACUGAUGCAAUGUUGUACUACUUUAACUAAACUUAAACGAAACAAAUUCAGACUGUAGCUUAUAAGAGCAAGUUUAGGCCAGCUGUUUGAAAUGAUUGCUUUCCUCACUACACUGUUGCAUCUGACUUUAUUUAACGGAACACAGGGAACACGAUGUGUAUGAUGUUGCUGACAUGUUUUCAGUUUUGCAACAAUGCAUUUUCAAAAAAUACAUUGGGUUUUAAAACGGUUUGUUAAGGAUUAACUAAGUGGUAAUCAUACAAAGACGUGACAAUGUUUUCCACCUGUAAAGCAACAUUUAUUGUUGUAGUUUAUCUGAAAAUGUACAGCUCACCGAAUUUGGAGAUGCAGUUUUUCCUGGAGAGCAAGAACGUGCUCUGUGCAAAGGGCACCGUCCAACUUUAGACUAGGGCUCUAUUGCUAAGUUUUGUUUUUUUUUUAAGCGUUGAUAGAUUAACACUCAUAAUGUGUAUCCACUCAGUACUGUGGGUGGGACAUUACUCACUGUGGGUGCAUCAGAGCCAAAGUAGCUCAUUUUGAUGAACACAUUUAUUUUACUGUAAAUCUAUACUAAUAAUUAGAAAAACUACCGAUAUGGAUUCAAAUAAUUUGGCUGAGCUGAUAAUCAGUCGACCCCUAGUUUAAACCAUGCCGUUGAAAUCUCAGUCUUCACACCAAACCAAGCCUAUCUGACAUGCUGGAACCUCUCUAACAUGAUAGCUACCUUAACGCUGCAGAGACAGAACUGCCAUCUGGCAGAGUUCUCCAGGUGUUUCGCUGAACUUCACCUUGAUGCUGAUACUUGCAGUUUCUGCCUUUGCCAUACAUUUAAUGAGCAAUCUCACCUCACUACACUGCCGUGAAAGAAGGUCCACAUCUCUAUAUUCCCGCCUUCCACUUGAACAUGUGUCCUCGUUUGAGAUGUGGUUGUGUAUUGUUCCUCAUUCUCCUCAGCAUGCAAACCGCAGAAUGUUCUUACUUUUCUAUGCUUUGACUUGUAUGUCAGCUACUGUCUGUAACCUAACCGCAGCAGUCUGGUAUAUUGUUGCUAACAUACACUAUGCAUGUCACACUGUAGCAUAGGCAUUCCUACAGUCUCCACAUCAUGUGAUGCUGCACUAUUAAUACUAAUACACUGUUUAUAAACCUUUUACAUCAGCCGAUUGUUUUGUAUUGUUUGUUAGCUUUUAUGAGAGAAUAUUUUUACCUUCAUUUUCAUAUACUUGUCAGUGUUUGGAUACAAGAAUGAAGAAAUGUGUCUAAUUAAGCAUUAUCCUUUCAAGCAGUCACUUUGCAGAAGCUUUAAGUGCCUUUUGGUUUCUACUAAGUUGGCAUCUGAAUGACUGUUUUGGUGCUCGGAAACCAGGAACAGACAAUUUUGGUAUUGCUAUGGUUUAAAAAUGGAUUUUGUUUUGUGACAUAUUUGUCAUGUUUAUAACUAUACAUUGCAUUUCACUUUUCCUAGCUGAUGUGAGUAUAUUGAUAUACUAAGUGACUGAUGUUGAACAGUGUAUUGUGGUUCCUCUCAGUGGUCAGUCAGUUCUGCCUUUGUUUAAAUAUGUCAGAUGUUUUUUUUUAAAUAAACAAAUGCAAAGUGAUGUGUUUCUCAGAGAAUAUGUUAAUAUCUGCGGUGUUUACUCCAACAGAACUACUAUGUUAUCUUGCUUCUUUUAAGAAAAAUGACAUACACAAGACAUUUCCUGAAAUAUUUUUUGCCACAUGUUCUGAUCAGACACAAUUGUAGAUUUAUUUUACAAUUUUCCUUCAAUGUAAUUCUUCGACCUGUUGUGCUGAGAAAGUGUUUAUGUUGCAAGUGUGUGUGUGUGUGUGUGUACAGGGAUGUAAGAGUUGUUUUAACUCUGUUAAUGCAUAUUUAGAGUUGUUUUGUGAUUAGUCCUGUGGAAAUUGUUUUAAAUGCGCAUAAAACCUAUUUUAGUUACUAUAAUCACACAAAAUUUUACAAUGCCUAAACAAAAUCACAGAAUGUUAUUCCACUUUAACAUUGUUGUUCAUGCUGCAGUGUAGGCUUUUGACAUAUCUUGAAUCUUUGGCCAAUAAAUGACUUUUUUCUUAAA